AUGAUGAAAAAAGCAAACGAUAUCAGCAAGAUUGAAACGCAAAGAUAUUCAAAUGGAAAUGAUAUUAAUUAUGAAACAGAAAAAACUCGUAGUGAUCAAUCGAUCGACAUAAUCAAAGAAAAUCCCAAUUCGAAAAUACUUGAAGACGAAUCGACAACAGAAAUUAAAUUAAGUUUACCAUCGGCGUCCAAUCCAUUGAAUGCUCGUCGUCGGUUUCAUCAGAAAACGUCAACAAAUGUUCAAGGAGAAUUCACCUUGCCAACCAAUCCUCCCAUAACGGUUACCAUUCAGCCACAAAAUACCGCGCCGAAUGAAAAUUUCCAAAAGGUCAAUUCAUUUCAUGAUGAUCAAAUCUAUUCACCUGAUCAAAUCCAUCAACUAAUUAAUGAACAUCGAAUUAGUUAUGACAUAUCAUUGAGAGGAACAUCAACAAUCGUGAAUUAUUUUAUGGAUCUAUUAAAACCAAGUGAUAAUAAAUUAGCAAUGAAAUUAUUCGGAAGUAAGAAAGGUCUUUUGAAAGAACGUUUAAGGCAACAAAGAUCUGGCCAUUGUAUAAUUCAUCCAUGUUCAAAUUUUCGUUUUUAUUGGGACUUAAUAAUGCUAAUAUUAUUAAUAACAAAUGUUAUUGUUUUACCAGUGGCGAUUGCUUUUUUCAGUGAAGAAAUCAAUUCUUUACGAUGGAUUACUUUCAAUGUUAUUUCCGAUGCUUUUUUUCUCUUUGAUAUUGUUGUCAAUUUUCGAACAGGUUUUUCUUCAUUGAAUUCCACUGAGGAAAUCCUCAUUGACUUUGUUUCGUAUUUAGGUGUGUUGAGGAAUGAUUACAUUGAUGAAAUUAUUCUCGAACCACGUCUGAUUGCUAUGCAUUAUAUCAAAACCUGGUUUAUGAUUGAUUUAUUGAGUUCACUACCAGUUGAUUAUUUAUUUCUAUUUUUCGAUGGUGGUGAUCAUACGGGUGGUUAUACAAUAGCUCGAACCGGACGAGCUAUCAAAGUUCUUCGGCUUGUUAAAUUACUUUCAUUAUUACGAUUAUUACGAUUGUCACGUCUUGUCAGAUACAUUCAUCAAUGGGAAGAGUUCUUAUCAAUAGCAAGCAUGGUUAUGCGUAUAUUAAAUCUAUUAGCACUAAUCAUAUUAUUGGCACAUUGGAAUGGAUGUUUACAAUUUAUGGUUCCUAUGUUUCAAAAUUUUCCGUCAGAUUGUUGGGUUGCACUUAAUGGCCUUCAAAAUGCUCCAUGGACUGAACAAUAUACUGUUGCACUAUUUAAAGCACUUUCACACAUGUUGUGCAUUGGAUAUGGAAGAUAUCCUCCGCAAAGUUAUGUUGAUAUGUGGUUAACAAUGCUGUCGAUGGUCAUUGGCGCCAUGUGCUAUGCAGUAACAAUUGGUCAUGUUUCUGCUCUUGUGCAAAGCUUUGAUACAUCAAGAAGACUAUAUAAUGAAAAGUUCAAACAAGUUGAAGAGUAUAUGGCAUGGAGAAAAUUACCUCGGCAAAUGCGGAACAGGAUAACAGAUUAUUAUGAACAUCGCUAUCAAGGAAAAAUCUUCCACGAAGAUACGAUUCUUACUGAACUAUCGGAACGAUUACGAUUGGAUGUUAUUAAUUAUAAUUGUCGUUCACUUGUAUCAUCAGUUCCAUUUUUUACCAAUGCAGAUCCAAAUUUUGUCUCUGAUGUUGUUACCAAAUUACAUUUUGAAGUCUUUCAACCUGGUGAUCAAAUCAUAAGUGAAGGAACAAUUGGAGAUAAAAUGUAUUUUAUACAAGAAGGCGUUGUGGAUAUAAUUAAAGCUGACGNAGGAAAAGAUAUUGAAGAGAAACUAUCGACGUUUUCUAUCGAAGAUUAUUUUAUAUGA